AUGGCUAAGACGGAGGCUGAUAGAGAACCUAGCCCUGCUGUUGCCCAUGUUGACGACAACAACCACGAGGUCAAGACCCAGAAUGUCUUCAGCGUCGAGCUUGUCGAUGCCAUUGCCAAGGACAACCCAUCCGCCUGGUCGCCGCACAUGAUCAGGCUGUACAUGGUCAUGGUUUUGGUCACGCUUGCCAACUGUAUGAAUGGCUACGACGGCUCCGUUAUGAGCUCGCUCAACGCCAUGGCCCCCUUUCAUGCCUUCUUUGACGUCGCCAUGGAUGGAUCCGACAUUGGCCUCAUCUUCGCCAUGUAUAGUGUCGGCCAGAUCUUAGGCUGUCUCUUCUCAGCACCAGCAGCUGACAUUCUCGGCCGCCGCUUCGGCAUGUGCUGCGGUAGCACCGUCAUCGUCGUCGGCACGAUCAUCCAGGCGACGACCAGCACGAUCGGCGGCUUCAUGGGCGGCCGUCUAUUGGUGGGCCUAGGCGUUACCAUCGUUACAACGGCAGCUCCCGUUUACUUAAUUGAGAUGGCAUACCCCAGUUGGCGCGGCAUUGGCGGCGGACUGUUCAAUGUGUGUGGCUGGUAUGUUGGAGCUCUGACGGCGUCGUGGACGACUUACGGCACGGGCUACAUCUCUAACGACUGGAGCUGGCGAAUUCCCGUCAUAAUCCAAGCGGUGCCGGCCGCGGCGGCGAUGAUAAUUGUGUGGGUGCUACCGGAGAGUCCUCGGUGGCUCAUGAUGCACGACAAGCCAGAAGAGGCGCGCCGGGUGCUGGUCAAGUACCACGGCGAGGGCCGCGAGGACUCGGCUGUUGUCCUGCUCGAGAUGAACGAGAUCCAGGCGUCCAUCGACUACGCACGCGAACUCAAGGGCAGCCAGGUAUGGUACGACUUCCGCAUCCUAGUCAACUCGCGGCAGUCGCUGUACCGCAUGUGGCUGGUCCUGCUCGUCACUGUCUUCUCGCAGUUCAUCGGAGGUUCCAUCAGCUACUUCAUGCCCGUCAUCUACGAGAAGCUUGGCAUCACCAGCUCGCGCCAGCAGUUGCUACUCAACGCCAUCAGCACCGUCGUGUCCUUUGUUAGUGGCCUCGCUGGUUCCUGUACCGUCGACUGGUUUGGCCGCCGUCAGCUCUUUCUUUGGGGUACCUUUCUGACGGGGUGCGCAUACCUGGCCAUGAAUGUAAUUGCCGCCCGUUCUGAGGGUAGCGUCUCGACGGCUAUGGGCUACACCUUUAUCGUAUUCAGCUUUCUUUACGGCGUCUUCUGGUCCUUCUGCUGGACACCACUGCAGUGUCUAUAUCCGACCGAGGUGCUGCGCAACGACAUGCGUGUCAAGGGCAUGUCCGCUCAGGGCCUCCUGGCCGGUUUGGCCGGCUUUAUCAACAUGUAUGCUACUCCUGUCGCACUUGCCAACAUCGGCUUCUGGACCCUGACCAUCUUCUUGGUCUUACACUUUGUCGAGUUGCUGGCUAUGUACCUCACCGUCGUUGAGACCAAGGGUCGCUCGCUGGAGGAGAUCGAGUCCAUUUUCCUCGCGCCCAACCCGGUCAAGGUGUCACUGCAGAAGAAGGAGGUUAUUGUGAGGAGGGGUGUUGGCGUUAAGGGCGAGGCUGUUCUCGGUGACGAGAAUACUUAA